AACACGGCAACCUGAAACCAUAUGCAAAUUUAACAAAUUUCGUUAAUCGUUACUCAAGCCACUCAAAGGACUCAAGCUAGAAAAAAAUAAAAUAGAAAAAGCGGAGCGGAACACCUCCAAGAACAAAAUAUACCCAGAAGUAAUCGAUCCUAGUCCCAGACUCGAAAGAAAAUAAAACAUCCAAAACAGACUCGACUCCGACGCAUUCGACGAUUCGACGACUCGGCGAUUCUCGGCCGGCGAGCAAGAUAUGUGCAAUGUCAAAAUUUGUUUUCGAUAGUAUGCUGCCAAAGUACCCACAGUUCCAGCCAUUUAUCAGUUCGCACCUAACCACCACCCCCCCAACCUCGUCAUCAGCAGCCGUCGCAGCCGCCCUCGCCGCCGCCGCAGCCUCCGUCUCAGCCAGCUCCAACACCUCGGCGACCGCCAGCAGCAGCACCAACAGCGGCAGCAGCCACCUCAGCCCUCACCUGCAGACCGGAUCGCUCUCGCCAGGAUCCAGCGCCCUGCACCUGGGCAACCAGCUGCACCAGCAACACCUGAGCCAGUCCUCCCACUCGCCAGUGUCGUCCUCAUCGCCCUCCUCCGCGGCGCUCUUCCAGCAGCAGGCCCAGCAACAGCAGCACCAGCAACAGCAGCUCCACCAGCAGUCGCAGUCGCAGUACUCCUCGCUUUCCGCUGCCCUCCAGCUGCAGCAGCAGCAGCACAUCAACAAGCUAGCCGCCGCCGCGGCCGCCGUCAACUCCCAGGGCUCCCACGCCCACGCCCACUCGCACGUCCACGCGCACCAGCAACUGCUACUGACCCCGCCCUCGGCCGGCAAUUCGCAGACCGGGGACAGCAGCUGCUCCCCCUCGCCGUCGGCCAGCUCCUCGCUGCACCGCAGCCUCAACGACAACUCGCCCGGAUCCGCGGCCAGCUCCGUAGCCGCCGCCGCAGCCGCUGCAGCCGCCGCCGCCGCGGCCAGCUCCUCGUUUGCGAUCCCCACAAGCAAGAUGUAUCCGUACGUGUCAAACCACCCCAGCAGCCAUGGAGGACUCUCCGGCAUGGCCGGCUUCUCCGGACUGGAGGACAAGUCUUGCGGCAGGUACACGGACACCGUGAUGAACAGCUACCAGUCGAUGAGCGUACCUGCAUCGGCGUCCGCCAGCUUCGCACAAUUCUAUCAGCACGCAGCCGCCGCCUCGGCCGUGUCCGCCGCGAACGCCGGGGCCAUGGGCGUGGACCCUCUCGGCAACGCCUGCACUCAGCCUUCCUCGGGGGUGGUGCCUGGGGCCGGCGGGGCUGGUGGCGGCAUUGGAGAUCUGCCGAGGUAUCCCUGGAUGACGCUCACAGACUGGAUGGGAAGCCCCUUCGAGCGCGUCGUUUGCGGCGAUUUUAAUGGCCCCAACGGAUGCCCUCGCCGCCGCGGCAGGCAGACCUACACGCGCUUCCAGACGCUGGAGCUCGAGAAGGAGUUUCACUUCAACCACUACUUGACGCGGCGACGCCGCAUCGAGAUCGCCCACGCGCUCUGCCUGACCGAGCGCCAGAUCAAGAUCUGGUUCCAGAACCGUCGCAUGAAGUUGAAGAAAGAGCUGCGCGCUGUCAAGGAGAUCAACGAGCAGGCCCGACGCGACCGCGAGGAGCAGGAGAAGAUGAAGGCUCAGGAGACGAUGAAAUCCGCCCAGCAGAACAAGCAAGUGCAACAGCAGCAACAGCAGCAGCAGCAGCAACAGCAACAGCAGCACCAGCAGCAGCAGCAACAGCAGCAGGACCACCACUCGAUCAUCUCACACAAUCCAGGCCAUUUGCACCACUCCGUCGUGGGCCAGAACGAUCUCAAGCUCGGCCUGGGCAUGGGCGUGGGUGUCGGCGCCGGAAUCGGUCCCGGUCUUGGUGGCGGGCUCGGCGGUAACCUAGGAAUGAUGAGUGCCCUGGACAAGAGCAACCACGAUCUGCUGAAGGCUGUCAGUAAAGUCAACUCGUAAGCUGCACCCGCCAGCCAAUCUUCCGCCACUAGCACCACGCCACCACGCCACCACGCCACCACCGCCGUUCGGCGUUCUUUUUCGUCUCCUCGUCUGAGUAGCGCGAGAAAGCGAAAGAUAAACUCGAUAACUAAAAUACGUAAACCUUUACAUAGUAAAUAGUUACAUAAGUCUACAUUUAAUGGAUAUAAAUUCAAUUAAGCAUACAGAAAUACGUACAGUACACACGAAUGCGAAAUCAAUGAGCGCGCACUGUGGCUCCGAUGCGAUCCGAUGCGAUCCGAUGCGAUGGGGUGAAGUGGUUCGAGUGCUGUCAUCCUCAGAUUUCCCGAGCUUUCAUGGGGUGGUGCUGUCUAUUUGAUAGGCAGAGCCACACCUUCGAUUUUACUGCAGCUCUACAGAGCCUCUUCCAUUUUCUUCUCUUUCAACCCCUAGUGGAUGGCCGUUCAAUCAAAUUCCACCCCAGCGAAUCGGAUAUGGGCUGAAGUGCGCAACAUGCUAAUAUUCAUAGAUAAUAGAUAACAUGAACUACUUAGAAUAGCGUUAGCGGUAUAUGCUUAAAAGAAGAAAGAGGAGUUUCCAGGAGACGCGAUCUACGGACGAAAUGAGCGAUUUUUAAUAGUCAGAGAACCACCUUACCCGCGUUCCCGUUCAGCCAAUGCGGUGGGCAGGGUAACGAGUCGAGUUCAACUGUAAAAUUAUUUGCGACUGCUGUAGGAUUACCUAGUACGAUAUAGAGCCACGUUCGACUAUGUUUAACGAGGAGUUCGACAUGAGUACACAAUAUAUGAAUAUGCUUAAAGAUACUUACUUCUAGUGUUAGAGCGUAGAGCGUACCUUUUGUAUUUACCUAUUUACCUAUUUAUUGGAAAUCCUUGUUUACGUCGAGACUCUUCGAAAACCCCUUCCUGUUCUGUUUAAGUGAGGUGUUUACCGUGUGUUUUUGCCGUAUUUUGUUGUGUGCCCCGCCCACGCUUUGUAUACAAUGAUUUCUUCAAUGCCAUAUUAAUCUUAAUUCGACUCAACUCGAUCGCAGCGUCUCGAUCGGUAGCAUCUGAAAAUAUGCAAACAAAUUGCGCAAAUAUUUCCAUAUAUAAAAGUUGUAAGAACGAACAACGGUAUGCAACAUACCAAAAGCAUAAUCACGAUUUCAAAUACGUAAUAAUAAUAAUAACAAAAAAUCACGAAAAAAAAACUCAUUGAAAUAUAUAGAAAGAGGACUCAGACGAAGCUAAGAAAUAAAUUGUCGUUUUGCCAGUGACUAAAAUUUUAAAUUAACUACAGUUAAGUGAUGUACUAGAUUGGGCUAGACGUUGAUUGAUUGCGAGGCGCAAAGGUCCAUGCAUCUACAAAAACAAAAAGAAAAACACAAACAGAAAACUCUGAAAUACGUAUUAGCUUAAGGUUGCAACAACAGACAAACUAUCGAGGACGAGGACGAUUGUGGGAGAGAAGUGCAGAGAGUACGAGUAUGCCAUCUACGAGAGAAGGCGGAAAAACCCCAUAUACGUAGAUUUCCACUUCCCGAAAUUAAAUUUACCUAGCAUAAUCUUUGAGGAUUGCAAAUUGAAUUAAAGUCAAGAUCUAUUUAUUAUACACAACCGAAGCGCAUAUUUACAUAAACAAUUAAUGACAA